CAACAUGGCACCCUUUUUAGAUUGGAAGAAGCUGAUGAAAGUUGAUCCAGAUGCUUUGCCUCAUCAAGAGGAACUAGCAGAUACAUUGUUGGAAACUGUGUCCAAGGUUGAUGGAAAAGACUUAAAAAAUGAAGCUUCUGAACAAUUGAUACAUCUUUUUAAAAUUACUCAGUCACUAAUGAAGAUGAAAACUCAAGAGGUGGAGCUGGCAUUAGAGGAAGUUGAAAAAGCUGGAGAAGAACAAGCCAAAUGUGAAAAUCAAUUUAAAACAAAGAUGAUGAAACUUGAAAAUGAAUUAGAGAUGGCACUAAGAUCUGCUGGUGGUCGUGAUACUCGUUUUUUACGUGAUGAGAUCCGCCGGCUGGAAAAACAGUUGGAACAAAAAGAGAGGGAGUUAACAGAUAUAGAAAAAGAAUUGGAAAAAGAGAAGAAAGUUAAUGAACAGCUUGCUCUACGAGCUGAAGAUGCAGAAAAUGAAAACAUCAAGUUAAGGAGAGAGAAUGAACAAUUGCGUCAGGAUGUAAUUGACUAUCAGAGGCAAAUAGAUUCUCAAAAAGAAACAAUUCUAUCAAGAAGAGAUGAUUCUGAUUAUAGAUCUCAGUUGUCCAAAAAGAACUUUGAGCUUGUCCAGUAUUUGGAUGAAAUUCAGAACUUGACUGAAACUAAUGAGAAGUUAGACAUUCAAAACCAAGAAAUGAGAAAGAAUCUUGAAGAAUCAGUGCAAGAAAUGGAGAAGAUGACUGAUGAAUAUAACAAAAUGAAACUGAUUGUGCAACAAUCUGAUAUUGUUAUGGAUCAGUUAAGAAAAGAGAAAGAGCAGUAUAGAUUUCAAGUUCAGGAGCUUUCAGAUCAGCUGAAGGCAAAGAAUGAGGAAGACGAUCCACUCAUGGCAGCUGUAAAUGCAAAAGUUGAAGAAUGGAAGAAAAUCUUGGCUUCAAAAGAUGAUGAACUUUUAGAGUAUCAGCAAAAGUUGUUUAACUUGAAAGAGAAAAUGAAAAUGGCCCAACUUGAUGUUGACAGAAACAAUGUAAUGGCCCUUCAGCAGGGUAUGCAAGAACGAGAUGCUCAGAUAAGAUUGCUUACAGAGCAAGUUGAACAAUAUACCAAAGAAAUGGAAAAAAAUGCAUUUAUUAUUGAGGAAUUGAAAAACGAACACCAAAAAGAUAAAGGUCUCUCAUCUCUUGCUCAGCAGAAUCGUAUUGGAGAAAUGCAAGAAAAGUUAAAACUUCUAGAAGAGAGAACUAAGGAGGCUGAGAAAUCAGCAGAAUUAGCAGAAGCAGAUGCCAGAGAAAAAGACAAAGAACUCAUUGAGGCUCUGAAGCGAAUGAGAGACUAUGAACUGGGAAUAUAUGGUUUGGAAGAAGCUGUUGCUGAAAUAAAAGAUUUAAAAAAGCAAACCAAAAUACGAGAUCAUGAGAUUGAAAUAUUAAUUAAGGAAGUCAAUAAACUUGAACUUAAAAUAAAUGAUAUUCUUGAUGAAAAUGAAGAACUUAGGGAACGUUUAGGCCUUGAACCCAAGACAAUGAUUGAUUUAAAUGAAUUCAGAAAUAGCAAAACACUAAAACAGCAGCAGUAUAGAGCUGAAAACCAGAUUCUUCUGAAAGAGAUUGAAAGACUGGAAGAAGAAAGAAUUGAACUGAAAAAACAGAUCCGUAGUUUGGCCCAGGAGAAAGGGAAAAGAGCGGCAACAUUAGGCUUGGAUGCUGGUGAUGUGCAGAUGACCGACACCUGUACUGAAGAAAAGUGGACAGAUAAAAGGAAGUUGGAUUUCUUAAACACAGAUAAUCUUGCUGAAGUAAAAGCAAAGAAUGAGUAUCUUGCAAAUGAAUUAAGUGAGAGAGAGAGAGAUUUGGAAAAAAACAGGACCAUAAUUGUCAAAUUUCAAUCUAAAUUAAAAGAAUUAUCAGAAGAGAAUAAACAACUUGAACAAGGAAUGAAAGAAAUAUUACAAGCUGUCAAGGAAAUACAGAAGGAUCCCAGUAUGAAGGGAGAAGAAACAGCCUUAAUAAUCCCAAGUCUGGAUCGUUUAGUUAAUGCAAUUGAGUCAAGGAAUGCAGAGGGAAUCUUUGAUGUCAGUGUGCACCUGAAAGCUCAGGUUGACCAGCUUACAGGACGAAAUGAAGAAUUAAGGCAGGAACUGAAACAGACUCGGAAGGAGGCAACAGAUCUCUCCAAUCAGUUGGCAAAUGCAAAUGAAAAGAUCGCACAACUUAAAAAUGAAGUUUGCUUAUUACGUCAAUCGGAAGGCACCAACAUUGUUUUGAGAACAGUAAAUCUUCCAGAAGGAAUGGUUUCUUCAAGUGUUAGUAUGAUUAAUUCUCUGAAUGAAUAUUUAAUACAUCUCCUACAGGAACUAGAAAAUAAAGAACAGUUACUUAAACAAUUUGAAAAAGCAGUGGAGGACUACAAGCGAAAAUUUACAGUAAUUCGUCACCAACAAGGCUUACUGUAUAAAGAAUAUCUCAGUGAAAAGGAAAGCUGGCAAAAAGUAUCUAAAGAAAUGAAAGAGGAAAAGAAAAAGCUAGAAGAACAAAAAGAACAGGAUGCUACACAAAUAAAGGAAUAUUCUAAUUUACUCAGUGCACUUCAGAUGGAUCCCAAUGAAACAAAAAAAUUACUUGCAGAAAAUAAUAGAAAAAUAACUGUCUUACGAGUUAAUGAAAGGUCAUUAACAAGGCGGUGUACUACUUUACUUGAGAUGGAACAACAUCUUAGAAAAGAGAAUGAGAAGCUAAAGGAUGAAAUAACACAUAUAGAGACUGCAGUUACAAAGAAGAUUGGACACUUGCAACGAUUCAAGGAAAUGGCUAGCUUUAAAAUUGCAGCUCUGCAAAAAGUAUUGGAUGAUUGUGUGCCACUGUCUGAGCUAGAACUGGUUAAUAAGCAGUAUAAUGCAUUAACUGCUAAAUACAGAGAUAUAUUACAAAAAGAUAACCUGCUCAUCCAGCGGACAUCAAAUAUGGAACAUAUGGAGCGGGAGAAUGAAUCCUUGAAAACACAGAUAAAUUCACUGAAUAAAGAACUGGAGAUAACGAAAGAAAAACUUCACACUAUAGAGCAGGCUUGGGAACAAAUGGCUAAACUAGGGGAUGACAGUGCAACGGACAAGGCCACAAAAGCAAUAACCAACAGUGAGAUUUUAACCAUUUCUAAGAAAAUCACAAUGUUGGAAAUGAAGGAAUUAAAUGAAAGACAGAGAGCAGAACAUUCACAACGAAUGUAUGAACAUUUAAGGAAUACUUUAAAGCAAGUAGAAGAACGUAAUUUUGAAUUGGAAACAAAAUUUGCUGAGCUCACCAAAAUCAACCUGGAGGCACAGAAAGUAGAACAAGAAUUAAGAGAUGAACUGUCAAAUAGCGUGAGUAAGGCAGUAAGUGAUGCAGAUAGACGACAAAUCAUGGAACUAGAAAAAAGUGAGAUGGAACUAAAGACUGAAGUAUCAAAGUUAAGGGAACUGUCUGAUGUUGCAAAAAUGCAAGUCGGAGCUCUGGAGGCACGACAACAAUGCAGAGAGAAGGAAGUGGAAUCUCUUAGAAUGCAAAUUUUAGAUUAUCAGGCACAGUCAGAUGAAAAAGCAAUUAUUGCCAAACUUCAUCAGCGUAUCAUAGCCCUUCAAGUUAGCGAAUCCAGUGCUGUAGACAAGUUGGAGACACUUGCAUUGAAACUACAGAAAAUGGAGAUCCAUAAUCUACGAUUAGAGCAGAAACUUGAUGACAGAGAACAAACCUUAUAUUUUGCCCGACUGGAAGGAAGGAAUAGAGCCAAACAUUUACGUCAGACAAUUCAGUCUUUACGGCGACAGUUUAGUGGUGCUCUGCCUUUAGCACAACAAGAAAAAUUCUCGAAAACCAUGAUUCAGCUGCAGAAUGACAAACUGAAAAUCCUGGAAGAAGUUCAGCAUGCCCAGCAAGAGCGUCGAAAUGCAGAAAACAGAGCACUGGAGAUGGAGUUAAAGCUAAAAAGUUUAGAGGAAUUACUAAGUGCAUUGAAGGAUACAAGAGGAGCUCAAAAGGUAAUUGAAUGGCAUAUGAAGAUGGAAGAACUCCAUCUGCAGGAACUUAAACUGAAUCGAGAAUUAGUCAAGCAAAAGGAAGAGUUGAAAUAUUUGAAUAAUAUAAUUUCUGAAUAUGAAUGUACAAUCAAUAAUCUGGAAGAAGAAAUUGUACAGCAGAAUAAGUUUCAUGAAGAAAGGCAAAUGUCUUGGGACCAGAGGGAAGUAGAACUGCAGCGCCAAUUAGACAUAUAUGAUCAUCAGCAAAAUGAAAUACUUAGGACUGCUUUAAAGUUUGAAGAGGCUACAGGAUCAGUUCCAGACCCUAGUUUGCCCCUUCCACAGCAACUUGAGCUGGCUUUGAGAAAAAUUCAGGAGCAUGUUCGAACAAUCCUGGAAACUAGGUCAACCUGCAAAUCACUAGAGGAGAAAUUAAAAGAAAAGGAAACUGCUCUGUGGAAAGCUGAACAAAAUAUUCUAUCAAGAGACAAGGUUAUAAAUGAACUAAGACUUCGAUUACCUGCAACAUCAGAAAGAGAAAAAAUAAUAGCUGAAUUAAGUAGAAAAGAUGAUGAUCCGGAGUACCAUCAUGCCGUAAAAAUUGCUCAUCAAACCAUUGCAAAUAUGCAAGCAAGAUUAAAUCAGAAGGAGGAAGUGUUAAAGAAGUAUCAACGUUUACUUGCUAAAGCAAGAGAGGAACAAGAGGAAGUAGCCAAGAAGCAUGAAGAAGACCUGAGAGUUCUACACCAGAAGUUAGAUUUGCAUACUGACAAUUCCCUUAAUAAAUUCAAACAAACUGCUUUGGAGUUAAUGAAAAAGCCUUCUUUAUCACUUCCUAGUGACAAACAUUUCCUCCGUUUGGCUGAAAUGGAGCAAACUGUAGCAGAACAGGACAAUUCUCUUGCUUCACUUGUUAGCAAAUUAAAGAAAACAUCAUCUGCCUUGGAAAAACAAAAACAAAUUACUUCAAUGAAAAUCAAAGAGUUUGAGAGUAUCAGGGCCCAACUUCAGGAAAAGCAUGCAGUUGAUGUGGAACAUCUGAAGGAUGAAGCAAAUGAAUUGAGGAACAUGUUAUCUCAGAUGGAGAAGGAAUUAGUGAAUGUAAAAGCUGAAUUAGAGGCCCAAAAAGAAGCAAAUAAUAGAGCACCCACAGCAACACUGAAAAACCUGGUGGAACGCCUGAAGAGCCAGUUAGCCUUAAAAGAGAAGCAGCAAAAAGCUUUGAGUAAAGCACUUUUGGAACUCCGAGCAGAAAUGACUGCUAAUGCUGAACAGCAGAUUAUUUCUGCAGCAUCACAAAAAGAGGCAUACUUGAAUGUCCAGGAGAUCGUUGAUAGACAAACAAAGGGGCUCACCACACAGAUAGAGGAAUUAAAUAAUCAGAUUACAAAAUUUAAAGAUAUCCUUAAAAUAAGUAAAAACAGAGAGAGUUCUUUGUUAAAUGAAGUGGAUGAGUUGAAGCAAGAACUACAGAGGAAACAAAAGGCAUUUACUAAAAUGCUGGGAGAAAAAAAUGAAAUGGAAAAAGAAACUGAAGAGCUGAAAAAAAGGAUUAGGAGGCUGACCAGUAGUAUUCAGAACAAAACUGAUGAGCAAAAUCUGAUAGAUGAACUUCAGAAAAAAGUUAAAAAGUUGGAAAAUGAACUUGAGAAGAAGUGUGAAGAAACAGAAAAAAAAAGUGUAAGAGAAGAGAAGACCUCCAAAGAGGAAAUAAUUAGAUGGGAAGAAGGUAAAAAAUGGCAAAUCCGAAUGGAAGGGAUGAGGAACAAACUAAAAGAAAAGGAAAAAGAAACAGAUGCUUUAAUCAAACAGUUCAAUACAGUGAAGGAACUUUAUACCAAGGCUGAAAAGGAGAAAAUUACUCUACAGAAGAAACUGAGAACUACUGGUGUUACUGUUGAUCGUGUUGUUGGAGUAAGAGCCUCAGAGACAGAAAAAGAACUGGAAGAACUAAGAAAACAGAAUCUAGAUUUAGAAAACAAAAUUGCUCAUAUGAGAACACAACAAGCUAUACCACGAGAUUCUGUUAUAGAAGAAUUACAUUUAAAAAAUCAGUACCUUCAGGAAAAGCUUCAUGCGUUGCAGAGACAAAGCUCAAGAGAAACAUAUUCUAGACCGUCGAGUACACCAUGUGAACAAACUGAACUGACUAAGUCUGUUCCUAUGAAUAUCAGUGCACGCAAGUAUUUGAAUUACCUUCAAAAGAAACCUAUUUCAAGUAGGGAUAAAAUCAAACAUCAGACUAACCUUAGUAUUAUCGAUGGCAAUGAAAUAGAUGAGGAUGCAGACAUUGCUAAUAAAGGCCAUGAGGCUACUGCAAGUGCAGGCACUGAAGUGUUUCCUGAACAGCAAUCUGAAGACUGUGAAAAAUGCAAGGACCUAGGUAUUUCUGGGGAAGGAUCAGAAAGCAAAGCUAAAGCUGAAGCUGAUGAACAAAAUUGCAGUGAUAAAGAAGAAAAUAUAAAUCAACCUGAAAAGGGAAAAAUUAAUGAGGAAUGUGAAGGAGAAGACAGGAAGCAAGAAAUAUGCAAGCAAUUAAAUGUUGAUGAAAAGAAAAGUAGAAAAGAGUCUUACACUGAAAGAAUGAGCUGCAAUGAGUCUGAUUCAGGGGAAUCUUCUAAUCAAGCUAAUGACUAUGAGGGAGAAAAUACAAAGACAUCAGGAAUAGGAUCAGAUCAAUAUCGAAGAGAACAAGAGGUUCUAAAGGAAAAUUUGAGACUAUCUUCUGAAAAUAUUGAGCUAAGAUUCCAGCUAGAGCAGGCCAAAAAAGAUUUGCCAAGACUAAAGGAUCAAGUGAGUGACUUAAAAGAAAUGUGUGAACUUCUCAAAAAAGAAAGGGCAGAAGUUGAGCGUAAGCUGGGCAGUGUUAGAGGGUUUGGUAGAAGUGGAAAGACAGUCCCUGAAUUGGAAAAAACAAUUGGUUUGAUGAAAAAGGUUGUGGAGAGAGUCCAGAGAGAAAAUGAAGACCUGAAAAAAGCUCAAGGCGUGGUUUCUAAUGAGAAGUUACUCAGUCUUGAACAGGAAAAUGAGAGGCUAAAGUCUGAAGUGGAAAAAAUGAAACAUCAUCUGGGGGACCACCUGAGUGUGCGUUAUGAAUCUAAAACCAAAGGCAUGGAAAAAGCCAUUACUGAAAAUGAGAGGCUACGUAAAGAGCUGAAAAAGGAAGCUGAUGCUGGAGAAAAACUACGAAUAGCAAAGAGUAACUUGGAGGUAUUAAAUGAGAAGUUAACUAUGCAGCUGGAGGAAACUAUUAAGAGGCUAAAUCUGGCUGAGAGCAGAGACCCUCAACUUGAUGGAGCUGACAGCAAAAGCUGGAAAUCAUUUGUUACAAGAAGAAUGCAUGAAACUAAGAUGAAGGAAUUGGAAACUGAUAUUGCUAGAAAAGAUCAAAGCAUUACUAACCUUAAACAGCUGCUUCAAGAGGCAACAGAACGUGAACACAAUGCUGAUAAAAACUUACAAGAUUUAAAAGAACAACUUGUAGGUGCAGAUGCUUCAAUCGGUCUUAAAAUCUUAAAAUCGCAUGGAGUUGAUGAAUUGCAAAAUCAGAUUGAGCUUCUCAAACAUUUCUGUGAAGGUGCUAGGACAGAGGAAGGCCUCACCAAAGAACUUCAACUUUUAAGAUUAACUAAUAAUCAGUUGGAGAAAGAGAAGGCAGAACUAGCUCACCAGGUGGAAGUUUACAAGCUACAAAUAGACACAAAUACAACUGAAGGCGCUGCAGCUGGAGAUAAUGAAAUUGUAGAUAAGAAUAAAAAUGACAAACUAAUGACAGAAGUAGCUGAUCUCCAGACACAACUGAGAGCCUCCGAUCUGGAAAAUCAGCAAUUAAAGGAAGAAAUAAAAAAGCUGAGAAAAGAACUAGACAACUUUGACCCUUCCUUUUUUGAAGAAAUUGAGGACCUGAAAUAUAACUACAAUGAAGAAGUGAAAAAAAAUAUUAUCUUGGAGGAAAGAUUAAAACAGCUUUCUGAGGAUUUUGGUAUUCAUGUGGAUAUUUCAGCCAAUGUUUCUGGUGAUGAGGCUCAUGUUUAAUAAUCUCCAUAUCAGUGCAGAAAUAAAUAAUGAAUAGUAUGUAAUUGCCCAGAAUUUAUCUGUUUUCAUCCUGGUAUCAUAGAAGUCUAUUAAGGUUGCAAUAGUUUGGCACAUACCUAAGACUGCAUAACUGGAUUAAUGUGAUCAGUCAUAUUUAUCUCUACUAGUCGAAACAAAACCAGUCUUACUUCCCCCACCUUGUUUAUGCUUUAAUGAAGAACAGUAAUUCUGAGGAUACACUGUUACCAGAAGUCCAAGGAUUCCAUUCAACUUAAAAGUUCAUAUGCUCUUGAAACAAGCCAAGUGUGCUAAGUUUCAGAUCAAUAAAAGUACGUAAUUUGUUCUUGCUAGAUGCUAGCAGUAGAUAUCGUGCCUGUGGACUCACGGUUACUGUGCUGGUUGUCUCUGUUCUUAUUUCAUUGGUUAUUUUCUACCUCUAUUUCAUAAAAUCCAAGAAUGAAGCUGUGAAAAUACGUGUGUAGUGUUUCAGCCAAACUAACUGUAUUUUUGUAGAUAAAUGUACAGUUGCUUCAUAAUUUUUUUUAGUUUUUUUGUAUAGCUGGAUGUAUACUUUCAUAAUACAGACAAAAAUAAAGCCCACUGAAACCGC